ACUCCUUACACUCUAGAGAAGCACCGAAAACAGAGGGAAGAUGGGUUCAGUUUCACUGAAAAUUGGAGAUGGAACAACAAGAUUCAAGAGGGCAUCACUCUGCUCCUCAGCAGUCAACAUUCUCAUGCUUUUCUCUGUGAUUACUACCAAUCUCUUUGCACUGUUCGCCUUCACAUACUCCCCAGAGCAACACCUAAACCAAUACCCCCGCAAGAGCAUCUCUCUCAUCUCUGAGCAAGUCUCUUUGAUCCUUAAAGAGGUUGAUUCUUCCCAAAGAAAGCCUGCCCAGAUGGAAAAAGAGCUUCUUGGGUAUGACAGUCUUGAUCUGUCAAGACCCAAUCUUGCAAGGGAGCUUAAAUUGUUCCUUGAGCACAACCAGCUUCCUUUGGGGAAGGAUUCAAGAACUGGGAUCACUGAGAUGGUGGCAUCUGUGGGGCAUUCCUGUGGGAAAUCUGCUGAUUUGUUGUCUCAGUACAUGAGCUACAAGGUUUCUGGGCCUUGUUCUGAUGAUUGGAGUCUUGGGCAGAAGCUGAUUUUGCGUGGAUGCGAGCCUUUGCCCAGAAGGAGGUGCUUUGCCAAGAAUAUUCCCAAGGUUGGUCUCAGUCCUUUUCCUGUGUCUCUCUGGAAGCCUGUUGGCAAUAAGAGUGUUACUUGGAGUGGUCUUGGUUGCAAGACUUUUGAAUGUUUGAAGGGUAAGAAAUUGAGUAGAGAUUGUGUUGGUUGCUUUGAUUUGGUUAGCGGAUAUGAGGCUCAGAAAUAUGUCAAGGCUAGAGGAAAAAAUGAUUUUCUUAUUGAUGAUGUCUUAGCCAUGGGAAAUGGUGGAAUUAGAAUUGGGUUUGAUAUUGGGGGUGGGUCUGGGACCUUUGCUGCUAGGAUGGCCGAGAGGAAUGUGACUGUGGUCACAAACACCUUGAAUAUUGAUGCCCCCUUUAGUGAGUUCAUUGCUGCAAGAGGUCUUUUCCCUUUGUUUUUGAGUUUGGAUCAUAGGUUUCCUUUCUAUGACAAUGUAUUUGAUCUAGUUCACGCCUCAGGUGGAUUGGACAUGGGAGGGAAACCUGAGAGGUUGGAAUUCUUGAUGUUUGAUAUAGAUCGAAUUUUGAGGGCAGGCGGCUUGUUUUGGUUGGAUAACUUUUAUUGUGCUAAUGAUGAGAAGAAGUGGUUUUUGACUCGUUUGAUAGAGAAAUUUGGCUAUAAGAAGCUAAAAUGGGUUGUAGGGGAGAAGAUAGAUUCAGGCAAAUCUGAAGCUUAUCUUUCUGUUGUUUUACAGAAGCCAGUGAGAGUUUGAUGGUAAGGAACAUUCCCCGAUAGCUGGAGGUACGAAUGUUGUUCCAAUUUGUAGCUUUAUCAACACAGAACAUGUGCAAAUUUAUUCCCAUAAACAUUCUCAUGAAUUUGUUUCAAGAUGGAAUAAGUUCUUUAAUCGUUUCCCUUCGCUGCUGCAAACCAGCAGUUCAGAGGUUGACAUUUAUGUGUAAUGUAAGCCCCCUUCCUGGCAACGUUUUUUUGUAAUAGUUGACGUUAGUAUUGGAUUAUCA